ACAGCAACGGGGCCCGGCCCCACCGGGAGGGGUAACCCCUUCCCCGCGGGCUGCGGGGCCCGGGGAUGAGCCGCGGCUCCGGGGAGCGGUUCCAAGCACCCCGGCUCUGCGGGGACCCCCCGCACGGUGCCGUGCCGUGGCGAGCCCCCCCGCCCGGGCGGGAUGUGCGGGGCUAUAAGGCGGCCCCACGGCGGCGGGCGGUGCGGUGCCAUGUGCGCCCCGGGGCUGCUCUGCCGCCUCCUCCUCCUCCUCCUCCUGCCGCUGGCAGCCGCCCCCGGACCGGCCCCCGGUACCGGAGCGGCCCCGCCGGGACGGCCCCGCGCCCGCCGUGGGCUCACCUACCCCGGGACGCUGUGGUGCGGCGCGGGCACCAACGCGGAUGCCUACGAGCAGCUGGGGGAACACCGGGACACGGACCGCUGCUGCCGGGACCAUGACCACUGCCAGCACGUCAUCCACCCCUUCACCGCCCGCUACGGCUACCGCAACCUGCGCUGGCACACCAUCAGCCACUGCGACUGCGACCGCAGGUUGAAGGAGUGCCUGCGGCGGGUGAACGACACGGCCUCGCGGGUGGUGGGACAGGCCUUCUUCAACGUCAUCCAGGUGCCCUGCUUCGAGUUCACCUACAAGGAGGAGUGUGUGGAGCCCUACCUCUACGUCUGGUGCAAGGCGUACAACACGGUGGCCAUCGCGGUGCCCAGGGAGCCGGUGCUCUAUGAGUUUGGGGGGGAGCUGAUCGAUCGGGCAGCGAGGCCUGGGGGGGUCCCCCUGAUCCCCCCGUGGAGCAGCGAGACGGGUGGAGGAGCCAUCCUGGUGGAGCAUCACACUCCUGCCCGCCCCAAGGCAGCCAAGAAAGAAAGGAAGGGGAAGAAGAAAGACAAGAAAAAGAAGGGGAAAGGUCUGAAAAAGAAAGGCUUCUCAGAAAAUGGGGAGAUGAGUCGUCCUGUGGGGCAGAACCCCCCACUGGCAGACGUGGGGGAAGUGGCCAACGCCAUCCUGAGCGAUGCCCCGGUGCAGGAGGGCUUGGGCAAGGAGCCAGCCCCAGUCCCUCCAUCCCCGGUCCCCACCACCAGUGGGAAGAGGAGGAGGAAGGAGAGGAACAGAAAGAAGAGGCUGAAAAGCCAAGCUGAGGCAGAGCCUGGAGAGCCCCGGCCCUGA